CGGAUCCUUGUGGCUGCCAGAACAAACUUUCAUUCAAGGCUAUAGCUUCGGACGAAUACUGACGAACUUCUCCAUGCGCUAUACAAGCUUUUCACGUCAGCUGCCUUUCCCUUCUUUCCACCGUUGCUCUUCAUUUCUAGCACCCCGCUCGCGACGAACAGUCUGGCUUGCACGCAGGUAUCUCCGCAUUGAUAAUCAUAGGCUCGAUUGUAUGCACGAUUCACGGGCACCUUCGGCUAUCGGCGCGCUGACAGUGCAGUGUUUGCGAUGUGGUGUGUUCUGUGCUUGCUCCUUGGACUCUGCUACGCGUCAUCUUCGAGCGAUUUUACGCUUACAGUGUUGCAUACGAACGACGUACAUUCUCACUUCCUGGAGACGGACCCUUUCGGGGGACGAUGCAAGCCGGAGAGGAAAAACCGGUGUGUCGGCGGCGUGGCCAGACAUCUGACGCUGGCACGCAAGUUCCGCAAGGAAAAGGACAACGUCUUGUUUCUCAACGCAGGUGAUUACUUUCAAGGGACGUCUUGGUACACGGUUCUCAAAUACAGACCGCUAGCAGACGUGGUGAAACUGCUGCGCCACGAUGCAAUGUGCUUGGGCAACCACGAAUUCGACGACGGGCCGGAAGGCUUAGCGCCGUACCUGCGUGAACUCGAGGGCGUCGUUCCCGUCGUCACGAGCAACGCAGAUUUCAGUGCAUCGCCGGCACUGAGAGAUCUGCAAGUCAACAAAUCAAUUCUCCUUAACGUAGGCGGAAUGAGAGUUGGAAUAAUUGGAGCAGUCACUCCAGACACGAAGACAGCCGCAAGACCAGGAAACGUAACGUUCGAAGAUGACCUGAGCAGCAUCAGAAAGGAAGCGAUCAUACUGAAGAGAGCUGGCAUAAAGAUAAUCAUCGCCCUCACCCAUGUGGGUUACAAUAGAGACCAAGAGAUAGCGCGAGAGAUACCCCAAGUCAGCUUGGUCGUUGGUGGACACUCUCACACGCUCCUCUACACAGGCAAGGAUCAUCCGAAAGAAGACCGUCCCGGCGGCGAGUACCCGACGGUCGUAACGAGAUCCGACGGCACCAAGGCGCUAGUUGUUCAGGCCUACUGGUUUGGAAAAUACAUGGGGCACCUCGAUGUGACGUAUAACGAUGCCGGAGAUAUAAAGUCGUGGUCCGGAAAGCCCAUUCUUCUUGAUCAGACCAUAGAACAAGACCAGGAGAUGCUGGAUGUCUUGGACAAGUACUUGCCAAACGUCACUGCAGCUGGUAGUACAGUCGUUGGCAGUUCCAAAGUGCUACUCAUGGCUGAUAACGGAAUUUGCCGGAGGCAAGAGUGCAAUAUUGGGAAUUUUAUUGCGGACGCAUUCUUCGAUUUUUUUGCCGGAAAGCCAACGAGCACGAACGGUUCCUGGAGUGAUGUUAAUGGGUGCCUUCUCAACGGAGGAAGCAUUCGUGGUUCAAUCGGGCAAAGUGAAACCGUAAUACGAGAUGACCUCCUGUCGGUGAUGCCGUUCGGAAACUCACUUGUAGUGGUUACUUUAACGGGAGCCCACCUGUGGGACCUAUUCGAGCACUCUGUCGCGAACUAUAGUCCGACAGAGGCACGUGGCGAAUUUCUCCAAGUAUCAGGAUUCCUCGUCACGUACGACGUUUCGCAGUCUCCGAUGAAGCGGGUAGUAUCUGUGGAGGCAUUGUGUACUAACUGCUCUGUCCCCCGCUAUGAGCACCUGGACGACCCGACCCUUUACAGGAUAGUUACAAUGUCCUACAUGUACCAGGGAGGGGACGGCUACGACUUCAGCAAGGCUAUUCAUGCCGAAGACAAAGGUUACCUCGACUUGGAUGUGUUUCAAGAGUAUUUCACCAAGAGAUCACCAGUGCAAGCGAAGCUCGAACAUCGUAUCAGAAUACUCAGUCGUGCACCCACUCAGGAGAACGACGGCUCUUCAGCUAGAAGAUCGUACAAGGGCAACGCAGCGGUGCUUCUGCUGACGUGCGUCUUCAGCGUAUUACGGACAUCCAAACCGCGGCACUUGCAUAUUUUAACAUUUUGUUGAGUUUGUGACCCACGAGAAUGCCAUGGCGGAGCUAGUUUUAUAUAUACGAGCACACACGUGUCAUUAUCAUAACCUUGCUUAGUUUAAACGCGUUAGGACACUUUAAUUAAUAUGUGUGGUUCAUCACAUCGUGCAGGCUUUGUGCUGCAUGCAACAGCGUUGAAGGAAACAAAAAAUUUUUUCUCCGAUUUACGUAUAUUUGGCGAGAUACCCUUGAACGAACCCUGAUGUCGGGCUCUAAGGUGAGCGAGGGACGGUGCCUUCGACUGAGUCGCCGUGACGACGACAAAGCAAAACAGAAGUGCCCAGAAAAGCGAACCACGUGCGUCACAACGUAGCGGCAGACGGCAUGCCCUCCUACUGUGAAUCCGGUGGGGCAAUACGGUUUCCAAUGUCACGUGACCAAACAUGACGCCACUGCACAAGCCGCGAGACAACUAGAAGGGAAUGUGGAGAAGACUAGGGCAGUGGCCUUGUUCUCAAAGGACCAGUGCACGGCAUGUGGAGUGUGGAUCGAUGAGAUUUUAUGAGGGAUAAUAAUUGGGAGUAGAUAUACACGUAAGGUGGGUCCACUUACACGUGUUACAGGGCACAUUGCUUACUUCCAUUGCAAAGGCUAACUUGUACGGUUCAUUUUGCUAGGUUCAUAUGGGACUGCUGUGGCUCUUGACGAUUUGUGACCCAGUCUACUGUUUCUAUAUUUACAGAUCGGAAACUCGAGAUCCCCUAAGAACGCUUCUAUGAUAUUUUUUUUAUACAAUAUAAGUACAAAUAAAGAAUGUCGAUCAAUUUUC